GGGGAUUGGGAGGUAAAGUUGUUGCUUCUUCUUCUUCUUCUUCUUCUUCCCAUCUACCAGCAGAGACUGUUUUUCAAGGUGUGCAGUGCCAGUGGGUAUUGGCGGAGGCCAUGGAACAGAAGCAGAAACCAGGCCUUCUUCCAGGCUGACUCUUUCUGCUGCUGUGUCAAUUCUCAUUCUCACCUGACGACUGAACAUACAACAAUCGACAUUGCCCUGCUAAUUGUGUCAAACAAAUUAAACUAAUCAAGUGCAUUUUACCAAUCGAUUUCGAGUUAAUAGUGCGUGUGUUAGUGUGUGUUGAGUGUCUGGUGCACACCUGAGUCAUGGCUUUCUUGUGUCCAGUGAGGAUACGCCGAGGCAAGAAGAAAAAAGCUGAUGAUAAAGACACGAUCCGACCGCCAGGAAUGGGACGCAUCACCGGCAGCGCUUCCAUCGAGACGCUGGUCCGCGUCGGAAUCGAGAAGGAGAACGGCCUGUCGCCCGACAGCAAAAUGAUCGUCCUGCACGAUUUCACGCCCUGCGUCGACGACGAACUGGAAGUGAAACAAGGAAACGUGGUGAAUGUGCUGUACCAGGAGAACGAUUGGGUCUACGUCAUUGGCGAGGAUCAGCGCGAAGGUUUCAUUCCUCAUUCGUAUUGCGCUCCUUACACGCCGCACCUGGGCGAAAUGACGUUGACGGUCAAGAAAAAGUUGCCAAGAGAUUUGGGCAUUCCCAACGCGACGGACAUCAAUAACGGCAGCGCAGGCGGUCCAGGUGGUGGUGGUGGAGGAGGAGGAAGUACGAGCGCCGGAGUGAGUGGAAACAAUGGCGGAGGUGAAGGCACCAAUCAACACAACACAACCAUCAACAGUACCCGCUCGUCGUUCUUCCCACCGGGAACCCUGGCGCUGGGUGAUGGAUCGGAUAAUGAGAGCUACGGUACCAAGUCUCUCAUGCCGGCCAACAGUCCCAUCCAAAGUAUGCACGGCCAGCAACCGCAACAACAGCCCAGCCGGCACGUCCAAUCCAGUUCCACCCAAAGUCUCAAUUCUCAACUUUCUCACCCAGACAUUCACCCAUUCUUCAAGGAUCCGUCCGGGAGGUACAUUGUGCUGUAUACGUUCAUCGCCCGUGAUGAAAAUGACGUCAGCGUCGAACGGGGUGAAUUUGUGACCGUUUUGAAUCGUGAAGACCCCGAUUGGUAUUGGGUGGUUCGCAGUGACGGCCAGGAAGGUUUCGUUCCCAGCGCAUUCGUCUAUCCGGCCGAAGCCAUACAGAGUCACGUGACUCAGGCGUGCGGUAGUCCAGUGCCGGCCAUGAGCAAUCUCAACAACAGCAACAACAUGCCCACAUCGCCAACGGGAUCCGAUGACAUGCGGUACCACGGAACCGAGUUGGUCAUGCUCUACGACUACAAAGCGCAAGCUCCUGACGAUCUGUCGGUUCGCAGGGGUGAUUGGGUCUACGCCGAUUUGAACAAUCAAACAGUUGACGGAUGGCUCUGGGCAUUUGCGCCAAAGUCGAGAAAGUACGGUUUCAUUCCGAAAGCCUACGCCCGUCCACCAGCCAUGACUAGCCUGUAACAUAUACUCAACAUCAAAGAAAAUACUCUCUUUCAUUUUCUCUCUCUCUCUCCUUGUCGUUCGUUGACUCCCUAAUAAUUUCACUCGACGACAAACUCUUUCUUUAAGUUAAUUUCUUGAAAUAUUUCCCCCCUUUGCUGGACAUUUCUCCGACUGUGCUGGACGUUCUUCUAGUGGACGAAA